AUGGAAAUGCCCAACAGCACGACGGCGGCCAACGGCAGCCAGCCGACUAGCCCGGCGCUCGCGGCCACCCUGGGUUACCAGCUGGGCACGUCGGUGGUGCUGGGCGCGCUGAUCCUGUUCGCCGUGGUGGGCAACGCGUGCGUCAUCGCCGCCAUCGCCCUGGAGCGCACCUUGCAGACUGUGGCGAACUACCUGAUCGGCUCCCUGGCCGUCACGGACUUGAUGGUGUCGGUGCUUGUGCUGCCCAUGGCCGCCCUGUACCAGGUGCUGGGCAAGUGGACGCUGGGCCAGGUGACGUGCGACAUCUUCAACUCUCUCGACGUGCUGUGCUGCACCUCGUCCAUCCUGCACCUGUGCGCCAUCGCCCUGGACCGCUACUGGGCCAUCACAGACCCCAUCGACUACGUCAACAAGCGGACGCCCCGUCGGGCCGCCGUGCUGAUCAGCCUGACCUGGCUGAUCGGCUUCCUCAUCUCCAUCCCGCCCAUGCUGGGCUGGCGGACCCCAGAGGACAGGGCCGACCCCAACGCGUGCACCAUCAGCAAGGACCCCGGCUACACCAUCUACUCCACCUUCGGCGCCUUCUACAUCCCGCUGCUGCUCAUGCUGGUCCUCUAUGGUCGCAUCUUCAAGGCGGCGCGCUUCAGGAUCCGCAACACCGUCAAGAAAGCAGACAAAAAGCAGCAGCAGCAGCACGAGGACUCGGAGAAGGUGACCGACACCUGCCUGUCGGCCUCGCCGUCCAGCGGGGAGCCCAAGCGGAGCAACGGGGGUCCCCAGCAGCAGGCCAAAAGCUGGAAAAGCGCCGUCGAGCCCAAAAGGCCCGAGGGCCCCUGCGUCAAUGGGGCCCUCCGGCUGGGAGAGGACGGCCCGGUGGCUGCCUUGGAAAUCCUCGAGGUCAAGCCGUCGAACUGCACGAAAAGCCACCUGCCCCUGCCCAACAAUCACCACCAUCACCACCACCACCCUCCCCAAGGUGGCUCGGGGGCGGCCACGCCAUCGACAGAGCGCAAGAACGAGCCCAAGAACGCUGAGGCCAAGCGCAAGAUGGCCCUGGCCCGGGAGAGGAAGACGGUCAAGACUCUGGGCAUCAUCAUGGGCACCUUCAUCCUGUGCUGGCUGCCCUUCUUCAUCGUGGCGCUGGUCUUGCCCUUGUGCGGCUCGGGCUGCUACAUGCCGGACUGGCUAGGCGCCGUCAUCAACUGGCUAGGCUACUCCAACUCGCUCCUCAACCCGGUCAUCUAUGCCUACUUCAACAAAGAUUUCCAAAGUGCUUUUAAGAAGAUCAUCAAGUGCAAGUUUUGCACGCAGUGA